UACAUAUGUGUCAUAGUCCAUAUCUAUGGCUAUAAAUGUUUAUUUUUUUCACGUCAGGUUAUCACAGAAAAAGUACACAAAUGGAUUUACAUCCGAAAAGUUGUUCAAAUAGUUCAAUUUAACAUAUAAAUCAGCAUCAAACGCUUAAAUGACCAGCACCAAUACUGAAAACGGUGAACCAUCUCAACCUUCGGCGACAACUGGGGAAACUGUUAAUGUAGCAAUGGAUGAUCAAUCGGAUCGACUUGUACUACCACCAAUAAAUUUCGAAAACGAUCGCUUUCCGUAUUGCAUUGUUUGGACGCCGAUACCUGUGCUUACUUGGUUGUUACCUAUGAUUGGCCAUAUGGGAAUAUGUACAUCUACUGGCGUGAUCCGUGAUUUUGCAGGACCAUAUUAUGUGUCCGAGGACAGUAUGGGCUUUGGUAGGCCGACGAGAUAUUUGCGUCUGAAUCCAAAAAACGUUGCGGGUGGACCUGUUGAAUGGGAUGAAGCUGUCGCUAAAGCAUCUGUCUUAUACGGGACACGUAUGCAUAAUCUCUUUUGUGACAAUUGUCAUUCUCAUGUAGCCACUGCCUUAUGUGGCAUGCGCUACAAUAGACGUAACAGUUGGAAUAUGGUGGUGUUGGCGCUUUGGAUAUUUGUUUGUGGCAGAUAUGUUGGUUUCGGGGGAUUUGUUAAAACAUGGCUACCAUUUGUAAUAGUAGUGUCGUUGUGCACGUUCCUGGCGGUGUAUCUUUAGGAUUGUUUAAAGAAGCGCUUUCGUAAAGACGGAUUAUGCUAAAGAAUUUAUGUGCAUAUAUAAAUAUGUUACACAAUAUUAAAAGCGAAUAUUAAAAUGUGCAAUUGUUUAAGGUUAAUAAAAAUAGUAUUAUUAAAAUUUGUGCUUGAUUAAUUAUAUAUAUCUCGUGAUUGGUUAUGAUGAAGUUAAGAUACGUCGGUGUAAUCUAUUAUUGAGAUAAGAUGUACAGCGUUUUGUCCAGGUGUCAGUUAUCUAUGAGUUUGUCGAUUUGGUUAAUAAAAUUGAUAAUACCAUAGUAAUCUAUUAGCCAAAUUUCGUGAUAAAUCAAUUCCGGAAAUAACAACUAAAAUUCCUAUACUAUAUAUUAAAACGAGAUAGUCUGUUGUCAUUGCCUUAUUGAUAAACAAAGUCGCUUUUCUACUAAAUUCGUUUAUAUUAUUUUAUACAUAUACAUAUAAAAAGAAUAAAUAUAAUUUUAUUGGUUUCUCUUCUUAA